GAAACCCACGCUGACACGGGGAGAACAUGUCGGAGCACCUGGAGGAAACCCACGCUGACAGAAGUUAAAAUAACUGUACUCAGUUCAGUUUUUUUGGUGCAUAAAUUAUAAAUAUGAUUUCAGUAAAGUGACCGUCAGGUCCUUCAGUAUUUAGUGGUGGUGAUGAUAAACAUCAGUGUUUCAGGAGAGAUGGGGUCAUCGUCUGUAUGUUUGAGGCCUCAGUGUGGUAACUGUGGGUGAUUUUUUUUUUUUACAGUGUAGAGCGGAGCUGUGAUGUUAAAGGUUUUUUUAAACGUGUGAGUUUCAGUUUGAUGUCGACCAUGAAGACUCAGAGCGGGUUGAUGCUGCUGCUCGCCGUCCUCUCAGUCAGUGAAGGUGACGGCAGCAGAGUUGUCGGUCGACUAGAUGGAAACGUCACUCUGCCCUGUACAUAUGACAUCAAACAUCACGGAGUGUUGUUAGUUUGUUGGGGUCGCGGAGAAAUACCAAACUCUGGCUGCAACAAGCAGCUCAUCUCCACUGAUGGACAGAAAGAUACAGAAGGAAGCAGAGUUUCCAGCAGGUUUCAGUUACUGAGACGACUGGAUGAAGGAGACGUUUCCUUGACGAUACUGAAUAUCUCAGAGACAGAUGCUGGACGGUACGGCUGCAGAGUUAGGGUACCUGGGCUAUUCAAUGAUCUAAAAUAUCACAUCGAUUUGACCAUCGAGGAAGCACCCGUCACAACAACCCCCACCAGGCAGAGAGGAAGUGAUGUCACCUCGUGGAUAGGAAGUGAUGUCACAGGCGACCAUACCACAGAGUCCAUGGUGACACUGGCUCAGGAGGAGUUUGGAGGCGUGACCAGAGAUCUGACAGCAGGCUGAACCAAUCAGAGAAGGAGGAGGAGGAUGAAGGCAGCAGCUCUGUGUAGAGACAGUAAACAUCCUCUGAUACAAAGCUGUGGUGUUGUUAAAGCUCCAGCGUGUCGGGUUUGAACUGACCUAAUGGUUGCGUUCUCGUUCCCUCAGAAUUAGACGUUCAUAUCUGAGCAGGUCCUCGUCUACAGAGAUCACCAUGUUGCCCCGCCAUGUUUCUACAGUAGCCCAGAGCGGACAAACCAAACACUGACUCUAGACAGAGACAUUCAUGUGUUCACUGGGGGUGUAACGAUCAAUUAAUCUGGAUCAAUAUAUCGAUUUAAUGAUCAACAUUCCAAUCACAUCGAUGCAAAGUGAAAACAUCGAUCCAUAUCAUCACAUUUAGGUCACGCCUUUAUUUUGAAAUUCUGUGUCACUGUCAAACAGCAGCAGGCUGUCGAAUCGAUUUCAUUUCCUAUCAUAAUUAAACUGCAGAUUCACUACUCUAGUUUUCAUGUCGGCCACCGCAGUCAGCAGCACCUGCGCCACAAGAGGGUCCGAAAUUUCAAUGUGAAAUGUCUUCAUUGUUUCUGAGAGGAAGACUCUGAGGAUGACUCAGCUCCUCAACAGCGUCUGAGGCCAAAAACCUGCAGUUCCUCUAACGUCCACUAGAGGCUGGCUCCAACAGACCUCCAUGUUAACAUGUAGAAAUCAACAUGUUUAAAGGGGAACUAAUGUGUUUUUCAACCUGGGCCCUAUUCUCCGAUCUCCUUUUGUCUAAAUGAGUGAUAGGAUGUUCAAUAUGUGACAUUUCUCCAGUACGAAGCUAGGGCUGACCUGCCUGCAGCCCGUGAGCGUGAGCGUGCUAUAUUAAAUAAUAGGGCACUCAGCCGGCAUCAAACAACGUCAAAAUUUGUCGAAUUUGUCACUCUUCUGUUUGUGUGAAUCAUUUUAACGUCUCCGUGUCAGAUUAUAAAUGACGUCUGUGUCUCAGUCAAAUCAGACUUUCUGAAAGUGUUUUUAAAAUUCUUUCAUUGAUAAAAACAAAAAAACACUGUCAGCUGAGUCACUUUAAAUAAAGUCUGAAAAUCUGGAAACAUUAUUAUUACACCUGAAAUUAAAACUGUAAAUUCUUCUUCUACACAGAAUCCAUAAAGUCAGAUUAUUUCAAUAAUGAAGUCGAAACAUAAAACUGAAUAAUAAAGAUUAUCAUCUGUUUAUUGAACUUUUGUUUUGUUUGAGUCUUUCAGAGAUGAUGAGCAUUUUUUCUCCACACAGUAUAAUUUAAGUGUCAAACGUUCCAGCAGACAGUUUUUUAAUUUUAGAUAUUUAUUUCUCUAUUGAAACGAGUCGGCAGGGUCAGAGCUGACGAUGAGGAAGAUGAGCCAAGUCUUCAUCAUUUUAACGAAGCUUUUUAUUGACCUCUUCAUCAGAACUGUGAAGAAACAUUAACACACAAGAAACAUGAAGACGAGGAGACUGUAAACACUUUUAUUUACACUUUUAGUUUUAUGAUGUCAUCAGGGUCUGAGAUCAGGACCCGCCAUGUGCAGGCACAUCAUCGGCAGAGGGGUGUGACAUCAUCAGGAGGUCGGGGAAAAACACACAACAGAGAAACACAUUAGUGAAACUGACGGCGUCUGUGACUCAAACACUGGAACAUUUAUCAUGAAUGUCAGUGAGACUCUGAGCCGCCACCGCCGCUAUGUAAGAACACUGUCCUGUUCUCUUUAACAUCAUAUGUCAACAUCCCGGGAGAAAUUCUUCAAAUUUGGCACAAACGUCCACUUUGAGUCAACGAUGAACUGAUUAGAUUUUGAAGGUCAAAGGUCACUGUAACUUUGUCCAUCUCAUUCUUGAGAACAUGUGAACACGACAUCUCAGAAACCUUAAGGGAUUUUUUUUUAAUUUGGCACAAACUUUCACUUGGACUUAACAAUGAGCUGAUUAGAAUUUGAAGGUCAAAGGUCACUGUGCCUUUACGUCUGUCUCAUUCCUCUGAACCCUGUGA